AACAAAGUAUAAAUACAGGAUCAGGAGUGGAAGAAUAACCAUAAUCCACUUGUUGUAACCAUGAAGCUGCUGAUCUCACUAGCCGUCCUCCUUGCUGUUUCCCUCGCAUCGGAAGAUGGAGAUGCUCCCUCACAGGACCUAACCUCCUCCCAAAUCAAGAACCUCCUCUCCAAAGCUACCCUGUACAACAGUCAAGGACGACAAGUAUCACUCGACAGUCUGCGAGGCAAGUACAUUGGUCUCUACUUCUCCGGAUACUGGUGCUCUCCUUGCAGGAAGAUGACUCCCGUUCUGACUCAAGUCAGGGAGAAACAAAAGAGCAGGUUCGAGAUCAUCUGGAUUACACGUGACCACUCCGAGACGGAAGCUAACAACUACUUCAGGAAGAUGUCGUGGCUGAGACUACCUUUCAACGAGGCAAGGAGUAUUGGUAAUGAGCUGUUCAGGGCGGUCAGACAGAGAUACAUUCCCACUCUUACCAUGCUGGAUCCUAACUUCAACGUUAUCAACUACAAUGCAAGGAGCCAGAUUGAGCGGGAUAGCUCCGGAAGAAACUUCCCUUGGAGAAGUUAGACAUGCUAGCAAGAAAACUGAAUUUUUUAAUUGUAUCCUAUUUAGAUUGUUUUAGCUUGUAAGUCUCAA